AUUUUCGUGGGUUCAAACAAGAUGGUUGAGGGGAGCCAUGGCAAUGGAGUGUUUGGCACCUCUCAUGGCAUUGACCCGAGUGGCUUUGGUGCACAAGGUGGAACUAGAGAGGAGACGGGGGUGCUGCCCAACAUGACUUGGGCACCAAAGAAUGGGCAAUCAGAUCUGGCAGCUGGUGGGGCUGUCNUGGGUUGA